AAGAAGGGGGGGUUGCAACAUAAAUAGAGGCUGCAGCAUCCAGGAGCAACUGUAUUUCAGCAUCCACUGUUCUAUCUCUCUCUCUUACUCACUCACUAACUCAUUCAUUCACUCACUUAUCCAGUCCCUGCUGAGGGUCACUUUCUCGCUGUCUCUCUCUCUCUGUCUCUCCCGUGUUUGUCACAGCAGCUGGCUGUCUUGUAGCCGACACACACGCAUACCUAUCUACACCCAUCGAGAAUCACAAGGUGAACGUCCUGCAAAACACAGGUGAAGAGACCGAACCCCCCCACCCAGCAAGGCAGGGAAAGAAGCCGAGUCUGCAGGAUGGACGUGCUGAAGAAAGGGUUUUCCAUGGCCAGGGAAGGAGUGGUAGCUGCUGCAGAGAAAACCAAGCAGGGAGUAGAGGAGGCUGCAGCCAAGACCAAGGAAGGGGUCAUGUACGUAGGUUCAAAGACAAAGGAAGGCAUGGUGCAGGGUGUAAACACAGUGACUGAUAAGACCAGGGAGCAGGCUAACGUUGUGGGUGGCACCAUCGUGGCAGGCGCCAACGAGGUCUCCACCAAGACAGUGGAAGGGGUGGAGAACGUGGCGGCAUCUACAGGACUGGUAAACCCGGAUGUACCAGUGAACCAGGAGGACUUCGCUCACCAGGCAGCAGAGGGCGCUAUUGAGCAGGCUGGAGAUGCGGCACAGCAGGCUGGAUACUAGCCCUAUUCCCUCAGGCCUUGUCUCGUGGAGCCCCCCCCUCCAGCCAGCAGGGGACCCCAGGAAGCUGCUUCUCCACCCCCACAGUCCCAAGUAUUGACUUGCUGAUUUUUUUUCCCCCCGAUUUAAAAGGAAACUGAAAUCUGAUUUAGAAAAAAAAAAUGUAAGAUCCUCCCUCCCACAAUGGGUCUCCGCAUCCAUUCAGUGACCACAACCCCCCCCCCCCCCCUCCCCCCCUCAGCUAAACGUAUCAAACUAGGGGUGACAGAUUCUGUUCCAUUUCUUAACAGAACUUUAAAUUUUAAGAAAAAAGAAACACAUGUUUAAAUGUAUUAAAAGAAUGAUUGUGGUUUGAAAUUGUGUGCGAGACCGACAUGUUUGCAACACAUCUGUGCCCUUUUUCAGUUUCAGUGUUUGUCCUCUCUCUAUAUUAAUUUAUUUAUUCCAAAGCGCACUAUUUUGAGUGCUGGGGAGCCCGCUUGUUGGGACUGUCCCAAAACUGAUCCCGUCCCCCCGUCCCCAAUUACUGUAUCUGUCCUUGUCCAAUGUCUGUCCCCUUGUGUCUGAUUUAGGUCUCUAGACAAAACCUCUACUGUUAUUGUUAUUUUGGAGCCGAUGGAAAUUUAAGACUGCAUGUUGCCUUAAAAACAACACACAAUUAAACACACACACAUACAUUACACACAGACACAGUAUACAGAGAAGAUAUAUUUGCUGGCAUCUAACAAUACAAAGCAGAAGAAGUUCAUUUUAUAAACAAUCCUACUAAAAUAAAUACAAUUGUUUUGUUUAAACCAAA